CUAAUGUGGUUGAAGGAUCCAGUCCCACGCAGCACAGUCCCAUCAGCCACUUGGAGAUGCACAAGUUGAUUGUGUAUGAAAGCUGCCUCAUGGAGCUUUUUGAAAAAUGCCCAGACUGCAAGAGGGCAUGUAAGCUAAAGAAAUACACCUGGGGGACCUGCAUUUCCAUUAUCCAGCAAUGCCCACAUUGCCAGUACUACAGACAAUGGAGGAGUCAGCCUUUGAUAGGAUUCUCCACCCCGGCUGGCAAUCUACAACUGUCGGCUGCAGUGUACUUCAGUGGGGCAUCUUAUUGAAAAAUGUUUAAGAUUUUCUGGGCAAUGUGGUUGGAGGUGCAUGGAUACAAGUCCUUCAGACAACACUGUAACCAGUACAUUGAGCCUGCCGUGGUCCACCAAUGGAAGAGGCAGCAGCGUGCCAUGUUUGAUCGGCUGAGGCACUGUGCUAAAUAUGGCAGCUACACAUUGAUGGACUUGCAGACCAACAGUAUCAUUGACAUUCAGCUCAUGCAGAGCAAUGAGGUGCCAAGUUCCAAUCACAUGGAAUUGGAAGGACUGGACAGAAGCCUGAAACACAUCACGGAAAACGGUGUGACCAUGGAUUGUAUCGUGACUGACCGUCACAACCAGGUUGCAAAGUAUCUGAGGGAGAAGCACUUUACCCAUUAAUAUGAUGUUUGGCAUUUUGAGAAAGGACUGACCAAGAAACUGCGGGCAGCCUCCAAACGAAAUUGGUGUGAAAAGCUGGCAACAUGGCUGCCGAUGAUACGCAAUCAAGUUUAUGGAUUGUGGCUUCAUCCACCACCGGCGCAGAGAGGUUGGCCAAGUUCAAUUCCGUGCUGAACCACAUACAGGACAAGCACGCACAUGAAGACCCCCUCUACCCCCGUUGUGCGUGUAUUGGCCGCCGGGGUCCGGGAAUUCCUGUCUGAUGCGCAAGACCACACAAGCUGGUAUUACCACUCGGAUUCUUCGGCCCAAGUAUCCCCAGCACCAACUAAUAAAUUAAAAUAAUAAUAAAAAGAUCAUCGGACUGGAAGCUCCAGCUGCAAGUCAACAAGACUCUCACACAACUCAGCUGAUCUGCACAACUUGACCAGGUUGGAGAAAUGGCCUCAGACAUGACAGUUGCUUCUCUGGGUCGACCCUUUGGCCUAGGAAUGCUCUAUGAUGCUUGCAGAGAUGCACUGAUCCCAGGUCUGACAUUGUGGGAUAAGAAAACUCUACAAGAGAACACAGCUGAAAGAUCCGAACAUAGCAGUGCAUUUAAUAUUUCUGCAUCUGACUCCAUUGAAGACAAGUCCUCUCUGCUGGAUGUUAGCGCUUCUCUGAAGCUCAGUUUCUGCAGUGGACUGAUUGAAGUCAGAGGAUCUGCCGAGUAUCUGAAUGAUGAGAAGAAAUUCAAGAAUCAGAGCAGAGUGACGUGUCAGUACAAAGCCAACACCAACUUCAAAGAGUUGUCAUUGAUUAACAUCAUGACCAUGGACACCAAACAGACAGAUGUCAUUAAGAAGAGCGGCGCAACACAUGUGGUCACCGGGAUCCUGUACGGGGCAAAUGCUUUCUUUGUGUUUGAUAGUGAGAAGUUAGAAGCCAGCAAGGUUCAGAACGUCCAGGGCAGCAUGGAAGCUGUGAUAAAGAAGAUCCCCACAUUUAGUAUUGAGGGAAGAGCUGAAAUAAAGCUGAGUGAUGAAGAAAAAGACCUGACCAAGAAAUUCUCCUGCAAAUUCUUCGGAGACUUCAUUCUUAAAAGCAACCCUGCGACAUUUAAAGACGCGGUGAAGGUCUACGUUCAACUUCCACAGCUACUGAGAGAAAAAGGAGAGAAUGCUGUUUCACUGAUGGUCUGGCUGAUGCCACUGACGAAUCUGGACACUAAAGCUGCUGAGUUGUCAAGAGAUAUCAGCAACACACUAGUGUGGAGGGUGCAGGAUGCUCUGGAAGAUUUAAGAGAAACAGGAAUCAGAUGCAAUGAUUCUCUGGAAGACAGAGUGGUAGAAAAUUUCCCGGUCAUUCGAGAAGAAUUAAGCCAGUUCCAAAAAUUGUGCAGUGACUUUGCAACUAACCUCCGACAGACCUUGGCGAAGAUACUUCCCUCCAUCCGUGAUGGUGAAGCAGAGGAGAGCUCAGUAGAAGAACUCUUUGAAGACCGAGACAAGUCGCCAUUCAGUCGUGAAAAACUGAGCAAGUGGCUGGAUGACAAAGAGAGAGAAAUCAACGUCAUCAGAUCCUGUGUAGAUAUCAUGGAGGGAAUAAAGACUGUCCGAAAUCAGUCAGAGCUGGACAGAGAGGUUCUUGCUUCAGACGUAGCGAAUGCUCUGUGCUUUGUUUUCACCUCCAUGGAAAGAGGUGAUACCUACCUGGAUCAGAUGGCCACCUACUUAAAGUCAUCUACAUUGGGAAGUACCAAUGAAGAGCCAUGGUACUUCUCAGACGAGAUUUUCAGCAACAUGAGAAAAAAAGCCAAAGAAAUCCGUGACCUUGCCAAAGCACAGAAGAACAACAACAGGUUGCGUAUUCUCAUAGCAACCAUAGCAAAUGAGAAAUACAAAGGGGCAACCAUCUAUCAUUACAAGGAGGGCAAUCUGGCCAGUGAAGACUUUACAAAGCUUGACCCCCCUGAUGUGGAGGCCAUCACUGACAGAGAAGAUUUGAUCUGGUAUGCCACUGAUCUCACCCUGGACCCAAACACUGCAAACCGGUACCUCACUCUGUCUGAGGGAGACAAGAAGGCAACAUGUGGAAAACUGCAGUCAUACCCUGAUCACCCAGAGAGGUUCGAUGUACAUCCUCAGGUGUUGUGCAAAGAGAGCUUAACUGGCCGCCAUUACUGGGAGGUAGAGUGGAGUACUGGCUCCACAGAAUGGGUUUAUAUUGCUGUUAUAUACAAGGGAAUUGAAAGAAAAGCUGAAAGUUUAGACAGCCAGUUUGGAUUUAAUACCAUGUCGUGGGCUGUUGACCAGUACCGCGAUUCACCUAAUCACCUUGUGAAGGCAUAUCAUAAUGGUUUGCAGUGGGAAACUGCUUUUCCCUCUGAUGGCUGCGACAAAGUCGGGGUGUAUCUGGACUGGCCUGCUGGCACUCUGUCCUACUACAGAGUCUCAUCUAACACUCUGCGUCACCUCUACACCUUUCGCACCAAAUUCACUGAGCCUGUUUACCCAGGCUUCUGGGCUGCAAAAGACUCCAACUUUGCGUACCUGUGUCCAGUUCAGUAG